AAUUUUGGAAGGAAACCAAAUAAAGAUACUCCACCCUUUGGCGUUCCACGGACUGAGAGCUCUGCCUACGCUAGACCUGAAUAACCAGAAGCUAGAACACGUAGCUCCGCGUGCCUUUUACGGACUCAGAAGCCUAACAAUGUUAUUUAUUUCGGGGAACCAGCUGAAGUCCCUCGAUGAUGCCGUUUUCUCUGGCUUGAAAGAACUGCAGAUAUUGUAA